AUGACAAAAUUCAUUCCCACUGAAAGCGUGAGGUUUAGUAAGCGUUUGACUGAGAUCCAACAAGACCAGCGUGGCGUAUCUCUCGCUUUUGAAGACGGUGAAGUCGCUCAUGCAAGUGUACUAGCUGGGGCAGAUGGCAUCAAAAGUAUCGUGCGAAAGCAUGUACUAGAGCGCUCGUACCCUGGAGAGGUUGCCGCAGUGUACGCCGAUGCGUACUGCUACAGGGCUGUGAUACCUACCGCUGAGGCGGAAGAAAUCCUUGGAGAUCUGACAGACGUGGCAAAAUUCUACUUUGGCAAAGGUCGCAGUGCAGUCACAUACAGGAUAUCUGGUGGCGAGGAAUUCAACUUCCUCCUCUGUGUAUCAGAUGAAACAGAAUGGAAGUAUCCGGACGCCGUCACAGAAAGGGUCACUCAUGAAAAAAUGAUGGCCGACUUCCAGGAUCACGGCAUCGACCAACGCUUUCUUCGCCUACUCGCAAAAGUCGAUCCCAUAAGAUGGGGUUUCUUCCACCACAUGCGCACUUCUACCUACAUUAAUGGCCGUGUAGCACUGCUAGGCGACAGUGCACAUGCCUCGCUUCCAUUUCAAGCAGCAGGAGCUGGUCAGGGAGUGGAAGACGCUCUGCUACUUUCGAACUUACUGGCCGCGGUCGAAGACAGCGAUGGCGAAUGCUUGGUAUCAGAGCCGCAGAUAAAAGCAGCACUAGAUGCGUAUGACUCGAUCCGACGACCACGAGCUCAGAAACAGCUUGAGCAAUCUGCUGAAGUAGCGCGCAUGAUACACUUUCAGGAUUCAGAGACUGGUUCGGACAUGAGUAAGAUACUUGCCAAGCUGCAGAACGGACGUUUGGAUUGGCUCUGGUUUCAUGAUAUGGAGGCUGACGUGCAAGAUGCUUUAUCGCGGAUGCAGGAUAUCCUGUCGGCGAGUCAGGCUGAACAGAUGCUGGAUACGUCUCAGUAG